AGCUGUGCGCUCAAUCACAAAGGAAAAAGUGAAAAUUUGGAAACAAAAAUUCUCUUCUCCAACGAUUUAAUUAAAUUUCAUUGCGGAAUUCUUUUCAUUUAAAAUAAGUUUUAAAUUAUAUAUUCACAAAAUUAAAUAUCCAUUUAUUGAAUUGCAAACAAAAAAUUUGGUUUUCUUUGUCAAAUGGAACCAACAAUCAUUAAUUAUUAUGGUAAACAGACAAGCAGGUGCGGCUAUUGCAAGAACGUCGAAUGUAGUAAUUCUCAUGGCAUGCAUGCUUACAACUUAGCGCCACAGGACUAUCAAGACCUAAUCGAUCGGGGAUGGAGACGAUCUGGACAUUAUUGCUAUAAACCAAAUAAUAAAAACACAUGCUGUCCAUGUUAUGCUAUACGAUGUGAUACAAAUGAGUUUAAACUUUCAAAGUCCCAUAAGAAAAUUCUUAAACGCAUGAACAACUUUCUACGUGAUGGCAAGAAGAAUAAAAGUGAAGAAUCUACAAAAUCUGACACAUCAGCUACAACCAGUCAGAUGAGUGCUGAAAAAGCUCAAACAAAUGAAGGAGACGAGAAUGCCAUGGGUUCGGGUUCUAUUCGGGAAGAACCCCAAGCUCCGAACAUCCCAAUAAGGGAAAUUAAUAUGGAAGCCGUGGCCAAGGCGAAUCCACAAAAAACAUUUUCAAUUCCAGAAAAGAAAGAAUCUUCAGAAGUAUCGGUUGUUGGAACAUCCGCAAACUUAAGUUCAUUAGAUGGAUCCAUAAAAUCUUUCGAUGAGUCAAAACCACCGUGUAAAAAAGCUAAACAAAUGCGUAAAGAACGCAAAGAGGCCAAAAUAAAGGCCAAAGCAGAAAAAGACUCAGCGGAACAACCACAAAUGAAAUCAAGUUCUAUACAGAAUCGAGAAAAAACUCUUAAAGAUUUCGUUAAUUCUGCUUCACCAAACGAUUGCCACAAACUGAAGUUAAAAUUGGUAAACGUAUCAAGUAAACAAUUUCCUGCAACUCUGAAGGAUUCAUAUGGAUUGUAUGAACGCUAUCAAAGAACAAUUCAUAAUGACCCGCCCGAAGGUUUGAUGGAAUAUUUAGGAUUUUUACAAAGGUCACCGCUACAGCAUACAAAAUUACCAGGUGGACCUUCAUGUGGAUAUGGCUCGUUUCAUCAGCAAUAUUGGUUAGAUGACAAAUUAAUAGCUGUAGGAGUAAUUGAUAUCUUGCCCCUGUGCGUUAGUUCUGUGUAUUUCUUCUAUGAUCCUGACUACAGCUUUUUGUCCUUGGGUACUUACGGAUCUCUGAGGGAAAUCGAAUUUGUCCAACAGUUAGUAGAGACAGUGCCAUCGCUCAAAUAUUACUACAUGGGGUAUUACAUACAUUCUUGCCCAAAAAUGAGAUACAAAGGCAAAUUAGUUCCGUCUUACUUGCUUUGUCCUGAAACGUACACUUGGAAUCUUUUGACUAACGAAAUGCGACAGCAACUUGACAUUCAAAAAUACCUACGAUUAAAUGGUGACCCAGAGGCAAAUGACGUAGAUGAUUUCUUAGAGACUCACCUAGAUCUUGUUAUGUUGUUGGUUGAAAACAAUACUUGCGUCACUUAUCGCGAGUACAUACAGUCUUUUAAUAUUGAGACGUUAGACACUAUGUUGGACAUGAUAAGGAGUAGAUUGUAUAAAGAGAUAACUGGCGAAGAUGAUGACCGCGAAUCAAUUUUAGAAUAUGGAAAAUUAGUUGGUAGGACAUGUGCCCAUCGCAUGCUUUAUGUUAAGGUUUAAAAACACAUCUUAUUUUACGCAAAGAGAGACAGUGUUCAGUUUUCAAAUAUUUAAUGUUUUUUUUUUCAAUAUUAUUAAAUUAAAAAAUAUAUAUUCUCUUAAAUGUAACUUGUUAAAAAAAGCUACACAGUAGUGAUAAAUAGAAAAAAAAGUGAAUGAAAUUUUUGUUGUCUGAGAUAAUAUUUUAAACUUAAAUUUAAAAUUAAAUUAACCGUUCAUAUACAAAUCAUAUUUAUAUUGGACCUUAUAAUAAUACAGUAGAAAAUGUGUCAUUCUUUAAGCGUAAUGCAAUUAGUUUUUAUGCAAAUAAAGUUAAAUAAAAUAAUUAUACACAAGACAAGACAAAAUAAGUCAAGUAGUAUAUCUAUGAGUUGACUCAAGAUGAAAAACAAAUUUACUAUAUAUUUGAUAUAUUUGAGAUUUGAAAAACCUGAACUGGUGAAUUCAUUUCAGCAAUAUUUU